UUGAUCAAAACGUAAACUACAUCGAAACAACAUAUAUAUUUUAUAUAAAAAAUUAAAAAAAUAAGUCAAUGACAAAAAUAGACUCAUGUUUCGUAAAGUGGAUAGCGAUGAUGAAAAUUACAAUUUGCUCUGCCAAGCACACGAACAGUUCAACAAUGCUGAGUAUGACCGCUGUUUGGAGCUCCUACAGCAGCUGGAGACGAAGGGUGAGAGUAGCGGCUUGAUACUGCGCCACAAUCGCGCCGUUGUCAACUACUACAAGGGCGGCGCCAUCCAACACCUUGCGCUGCUUCGCGAGCUCGAGCAGCUGUCGGAUGGCAAGGCGGUGGGACUGACGCUAAAGCAUGCGGGUAGCGCCAUCACAGUAGCCAGAUACAACAAGGCGGUCAUCUAUUACCAUCGCCACAUGUAUGGCACGGCACUGGAACGUCUGGCGCCGCUUGUGACACGCCUGGAGGCGCUGGAGAAGCAUAUGGCGGCGUUGGUUGCCACGUUGCAGCUGCAGCUGCUGCUUGCAACCAAUCAGCUAAAUCGUGCCGAGGCCUUUCUCGACUAUCUGCAGUAUAAGCUCAAUCUGGUCGCAAGUGCACCCACUCCAAAUCCCGCUGGCAAUCCCAAUCCCAGCGAGGAGGCAGCUGCAAUUGCAGCGGCAACGGUGGCAGCUGCUGCUGCUUCUUCUGAAGGAACGCCAGCGCUGGAGACAACUGUGGCACGUGUGGCAGGAAAAAGUGAUUGUACUUUGCAGCUGUUACAACUGCUCACGCUGGUGCUAAAUCGUAAACCCGUCGUUAUUCCCGAGGAUGGCUCGCCACAUUUUGCAGCACUGAAGGCGCAAAAGUACUACAUCAUGAAGGACUUUCAGAUGGCCGGCAAGCAGCUGACGCGGAUCAACAACGAGUGCAAUCUAGCGGGCACUAUGACGCCGGAGCUGAACGCGGUCAUAGCCAACAAUAUGGGUGUGAUUCAAUUGCGAGUGCGUCACUAUGCGAUUGCCGUGAAAUUCUUUCAAAGGGCACUGCAAUACGAUCAGGAGCUUGCGGGCAAUUUGCGCCAGUCAUCGUUGCAAACGAUGAGCGCAGCGCGAAGUUGCGAGAUUUUGUACAAUAUGGGUAUUUCCAAUCUGCAUCUGCGCCGAUCCAAGGAUGCGUUCCAAUGCUUUAUUUUGCCCCUCAAGCAGUAUCAGAGCAAUCCGCGUCUUUGGUUUCGCAUGGCCGAAGCUUGCAUCAUGGAGGACGAAUCGAAAUUGCGCGGCGACGAACGUCAAACCUUCGAGAGUGCUAUGAACUCGUCCAUAUCCAAGCCAUAUGCCGCCCAAUCAACUGCGGUGCCGGAGCCAACGCUGCAAUUUGCAACGCUAUGUUUGCGCAAUGCUUUAUCCUUGGCCCGUCAAUAUAAAGCCACUUUCCAUAUGGCUGCCUCAACAGACGAAGUGCUGGAUGCAAAGGACGCGGCGGCGGCGUCGGUGCAGCAACAGCUGUGGAGUCAGCAGCAGGACAAUAAUUUUUGCAACCCAUCGAAACCGAUUAGUCUAGAAUCGCUUGAGAAUAUGCUGGCUGCCAUCUAUGCGGCGCACAGCUUUGUCUCCCUGCGCCUUGGUGACUAUAUUACCGCCUUGGAAAUGGCGAAACAGCUGCUCCAGAGUGAGCGACUCUCCGACGCCCACAAAUUGCUGGGCAACAUGUAUGCGGGCGAGGCGCUCAUCAUGAUGGACAAGGCCCCGGAGGCCAGGGAGUAUCUGGAGCCGAACUUUAUGAGCUCGCUGAAUGCUCUGGAUUUGGAGACGCGUGAUUGGCAACUGAAGUCGUUGGAGGCUGCCCAGAAUGUGGUACGAUACAAUUUAGCCGUUGCAUUGACUUUGCAAAAUGAUUUCCAGGCAGCUAAAAAUCUGUUGGCCAGCUUAAGCCAUCCAAUUGUGAGCAACAAGGCGCAGAUUUUGCAUCGCUACGUCGAGAUCAAAAUGAAUGCAGCCAGUAGUGCACUCAAUUAGACAACAAAUUGUGUAAAUAUCUUAGACGGAAUGAAAACUGAAAAAAAAACAACACACGCAUUGUAAAUAUAGAUAAACCACUGACAGACAUCAA